UCUCUCUCUCUCUCUCUCGCUCGCUCGCUCGCUCUCUCUCUCUCUCUCUCUCUCUCUCUCUCGCUCUCUCUCUCUCUCACUCACUCAAGAACGAACGAGCAUUUUUUUAGGCGCUGUAUUCCGUGUCGCAAUGUAUCCACGGGCAGAAUUUCUGAAGGGAAUACAAAUUACAAAUGAAUGAACGACGCCAACGACUGAACUGCAACAAACGACAAUCUCACAGGAGAAGAAAUGAGAAGAAACGGGUGAGCAUAUGAUUUCGACCAGCAGCCACAGCCAUUGGCAGUUUCACUUUAGGGCAGACUGUCACUAUGUUGCCUCUACUGCAACUCUUUCUUCUAAUGCCUCUAAUUAAGCCAAUCACAAAUCAUGUCCAUGGGAACUCUCUUUCUCCACUGACCACUCAUUCAAAUCACAGCCUGUUUUCUCAGACUGACGUGCUUGUCAGAAAAACUGAUCAUAGAUUGGAAGCCAAUGCUAAGUUAGAAACUGUGAGACCGUUUCUUCAUGGCUUCUAUCAGAAAAGUGUCAUUAAAUCAAGUGGAGAUUCAAAUGAAUGGACUGAAAGCAGAAGUACUGAGGACACAUUAUCAGCAAAAAGGUCACAUACUAACAUAUCUGGGUCAAGAGGUACAUUUUUAUUAUCACUCAAAAACAGAGUCAAAAGAGGUCCUACCCAAAAUAUCAUACUACCACAAAAUGCUGUUGGAAAAGAAAAGGAGACUGCUGAUAAGACAGAAUUCGAAGAGAAAGACUUGUCAACAGUUGGGCCAGGUGAUAUGUUAAAACCCAGAGAAACUGGCUUUGUUCGGUCAUCAACAGAGGCUAUAACAUCUCUUGAUAAAAAGUAUACCCAGUACAGACUGCAAGUUCAGACUGCUCAUAGUGUGCUGGCUAGUUUGGCCACAGUACAAAUAAAUCCAUCAAUCAACUCUUCACUCCAGACCAGCCCUUACACAACUUCACCACCUAAUGAAAACCCUGUAUACACUACAAGAAGGAUGAGCCAAUUGGAUGCCAACAGGACUCGACUAGAAAUAGGUAGGUUGGGGACAACCACUACAGCUAAAAUUCAGCCAAAAAGACAGUUUACCACUUUACAAUCACAUAUUGAAACCACCUCUCUUAGCACAAGUACAACCAAUCUACAACUAGAGGCACCAUCAUCAGGAGUGGACAUCAUCACUUCCAACUAUUCACAACCAAAAAGAACUUCACAGUCAACAAAAUCAGCAAAAACACCCAAUGACCAUUCAAAGGAGCCAGGAACUAAAGGAAAAGUGACCGAUAUAAAGAACACUAAAGGUAUACCAACAUUUCUAAGGACUGCCUCCCCUCUCCCGACUGGACAUGGCCGAUUUGAAUUCUCAGAAAAUGAUGGAAGAUUUACAGAGAAGGACCAGUCAGUCUCACAGGGAAUAGUCCCAUCUCUGAGGUCAAACCCCCAACAUCAAGAUCAGAACAAUGAUGAAAAAUAUGGUGCAACAAAUGGGAGCUUUUUAGUGUGGGCGGACUUAAAACGCACACUUUCAUUUGCAUGGGAGCUGCAUGUAUUUGGUUCUGCUGCCCUUUUCCUUCUACUAACUGCUGGCUCAGCCCUUGGUUUAGCAUUAGCUCCCAGCUUGUACUGCCCUCACCGUGGUGAACUGGUACUUACCAAUAGCCUCUUGCUAGUAGUAGGUGUAGUUAGAGCAGGCCACUUAUUGCUUGACCCAUAUGGGACUCGGCUCCUCCUGCCACCUCCUGUUGUAAUAGCUUUAUACACGCAGCCGUUACCACUGUUAAUCCUGGCACAGGCUGGAUUAGUGAUACUGGUACUAAAAGAGACAGGGGUAACAUGCAUUCCACCAACACUUCAGCGCCCCCCUCUGUUAGGAGUGUUAGCUGUUUUCCAAUGCACUAUCCUACUUGCUGCAGACUUACUUUCCCCUGCACUUUCUCCUGUUGUUCCCAUUGUCCUACAGAGCCUCACGCUGACUGCAGGCCUGGUACUGUGUUUAGGCUACCUUUUCUUGGCACUGCCAUGCUUCUCUCACACACAUGCAGCUCGGGGAGGAAAUAAGGGAAAGGGCGAAGGAAAGGUGCGGGUUUUAGCACGAGUACUGGCAGUGUGCGCUUUUCUUGGGGCACUGUGCUGUCUUUUGCACAUUUAUGCCUGCUUGUGGCUGUAUGGACUACUAGGCGACUGGAGGCGCUUCCGUUGGGCAUGGUGGCUCUGUCAGUUCUGGGUGCGACUGUUGGAGCUUGCCUGGGCUUUCUGCCUGCUUCUGAUGUCUUCCUGGGUUUUCUGGAGACCCAACCGAGGCCACAUAUGUGGAGCACCAAGACAGGAAGGAGCUGCCACAGAAAGCUUGCCCUCACCCUCUCAAUCAUCAAAUUCUGCUAGCAGACACACAUGCUGGGCGAAGAUUGUGCAGAGCCUCAAGGUAAGGCAACAAAGGAAAUCUGAAAGCAAUGGGAUUGGAGGGUCAAAUAGUGGUGCCGUGGCCGGAGAGUUGCCUAAUAACUGGGCAGGACAGGAGCUAUCAGGGACAGACAUUAGCAAGAGCCUCAUACGAAAUCGUGAUCCACUCAAAGACAGCAAUAAUUUACACAAUCUGCAAAGCUUUGCAGGGGGCUCUGCAGGUUCAUUGCUAAGGCUGCAGGCACUUGCUCAGCCACCUCAGUGCUCUUUAUGUAGCAGUUUGGACAGGGACAAGGGUUCAGCCAUCUCACUCUGUGAUUUUGACCUGCGCCCUCCAACCCCAAUUAACCUCAGCCGCAGUAUUGAUGAGGCACUUCAUCGUGAGCAUCUAUUAAAGGGUGAAAGUUUGUUUCAGCCAUUGCGACCACCAUCACUUCCUCCAUCUCCACACCUGUGGAUGCGACAGAAUAGUGAUCCCCAAAUCACACUGUCAUUGAGCAGUGAUGAGCACACAUUGUUCACAGAGUCCUCCACAGGUCUGGAUCGCUCCAUUCCUAGCGCUGUGCCUAGCCGACAAGUCACAGCCCCCCCUACACCCACUCAUCAGGGCUUCCGUUGGGUCUCUGAGGCACAAGUGCCUUCCUCGUUGUCCUGCCCGGUUUCACUGCACCCUUCCGCAAGCACAAGCUGUGACCUCAUGCCCAGCGCAGAAAACACAAGUCUGUUUCUAUCCCCUGACCUUGAAAGUUCGCAAUCAAAUAUCAGAGGGGGGCAAAAUCACUCGAAAGUCACUCGAAAUGAUGAUUCAGCCAGUGUCAGCAGUGACAUUAUUGACCUUUGAACAUGUUAUGACUCACAGCAACUCCAGAUUAUAACACAUUCACAUUCUCCAAAAAAUAGAGAUCAUACAUUUAAUCAUGACUUGCAGUCUAAUUGUUGUAUAAUGGCACUUAAAGGGAAGAGGAACACAUUGUUGCAAGUGGCUCAUUCUCAUUUUUUCCUUCAAAAGUCUUGUUUACAGUAAUGCAUAUAGAUCUCUAUGGGGCAGUGGUUCUUAAUCCUGGUCCUGGGACCCACCGCUCUGCACAUUGUAUGUCUUCUUUAUCUGACACACUCAGUUCAGUUCAUGGAGUUCUCACCUAAUGAGCUGAUGAGCUGAAUCAGGUGUGUUAAAUAAGGGAGACAUGCAAAAUGUGCAGAACAGGGGGUCCCUGCUAAGGGGCAAGGCAUACCAGAGACAGAAAUCUGAAGCUUGUAUUUGCUAUUAUUAAUGUUUUCGUACAAAAUGUGUGUUAUUUGAUCUGUAAACCUGUCUUUUUAGUGGUGGGACCAGUGCUUUAGGCAAAUUAACCUAUGGCUGUGAACUUAUGUAAUUUCUGUUGGUGUAGUUGCUCCAUGUAAAAUACUUUGGAAAAUAGUUAGUCUCCUGUUGUUACAUGUACUAUUUAAGUUUUGUGUGCAGUAGUGUGUGUAUUUUAAUGUUUAUUCUGGUGCAGUGCCUUGUCCCAUAGAGCUUCCUAGGUGCUACCUUUGCAUGCAUUGUGAAGAGCUGUGUCUGGAUAGUGCCAGAACAGAAAUGAUACUGUAUGUGCCAGAACUUGACUUUGUGGAACAAGCUUUGUACUUCCAGUAUAUUCCUGCAAUGCAGCAUACCUAAACAUACUAAACUAUUCUCACAACUGGAUUUUUGUUAAGUAAAAUAGCACAGCAGACCAGACCUUUGUUUGUUGGUAUAUUCAGCAUUUUAGUCAAAAUUUCAACAUAGUUGAACGCUCAACUCAUCACUACUUUAUUUGAUACAGAAGAACUCUUAUGUGAGCAAUAAAUUAUAGAAAGCUGUGAGGAUAACUUAAACAGAUCAUGUAUAUACUAUAUUUUUGUUUGUAAAUGAUGUAUUCUGAUUACAUUUAAUGCAUUUACUGUGAAUGACAAUCUUUCCUACUGCAAAAAUAUACUGAUCCUGGCAGAAAAAGGACUAAAAAUACACUGGAGUUCUCAAAGGCAUAUCAACAGGUACACAUCCUGAAAAAUGUUGAUGUGCACCAUUAGAGUGUGACAUGAAAGGAAAGUGCUUUGUACAUUUUCUUGUUGUUUAGUUGAAAAGUUUUGUUCCUCUCGCUUUCGAUUUUUAAAAUGCCAAGAAACGGAUAUCACUUUCAAAUUUGCAAAUAAACAGGAUGCUGUAUACUAUGGA